GAGCGAGAUAAAACAACCGAUCACGCACUGUUACCAGCGCAUGUUAACGGCCUAGCACGUGAACAGUUUGGCUCGGUAUAUCGCGCUCUGGCCGUCGUCGUCGUGACGACGCUGCGUCGUUGGCAAUCGUGUGCGUGCAUGUCGCGGUUGUAAAAACGUUCGCACACGAUCCAGUUGCGCGCCGCCGCCGAGAAAAAUGUUGAGAUUUCGAAAAUUAUUCCCGCGAUCCUGCUCGAUCAUAGGAAUGGUGCACGUAGGAGCGCUCCCUGGAACGCCGAGGUACGGAGGAUGUUUUGAGAAGAUCGCGACGGACGCGGUCAAGGAGGCCCAGAUAUACUCGGACUGUUGCGUGGACGGCAUUCUGUUGGAAAAUAUGCACGACGUUCCCUACGUGAGGCACAAAGACCUGACGCCAGAGGUCACAAGCACAAUGACGAAAAUCUGCACGGAAGUGAGAAACAUCGUGCCACGUGAUAUUCCGUGUGGCAUACAGAUUCUCGCGGGAUGCAACAAGGAGGCGAUCGCGGUAGCCAAAGCCGCGGGGCUGCAAUUUAUCCGAGUCGAAGGAUUUGUCUUCUCCCACGUGGCCGAUGAGGGUUUCAUCGACGCGAUCGCCGGACCUUUGUUGAGAUACAGAAGAUACAUAGACGCGGACGACGUUCUUGUUUUCGCCGAUGUUAAGAAGAAACAUAGUUCGCACGCGAUCACGUCCGACGUUAGCUUGUCGGAAACGGCGAGAGCCGCGGAAUUUUUUCUAGCCGACGGUGUCGUCGUAACCGGCACGGCGACCGGCGAGGAAGUUAACGCAAAGGACUUCGCAGAAGUGCGCGUCGCGACGAGGCUGCCGGUGCUGAUCGGCUCGGGCGUGACGUUAGACAAUGUGGACAGCUACUACGCGGCGGACGCGCUGAUCGUUGGAUCGCACCUGAAGACGAACGGCCGUUGGGAAAACGCGCUCGACCCGCGGCGAGUACGCGCCUUCGUCGGGCAUUUAAAAAGUCGACGACAACAAACAACGACGCGAAUGUAGCGAGAAAGCGAAAACGCCGUGGAAAGAACCACGUCCAGCGAGUAGUCAGCCAGCCCAGCCAGUUACGAAGGAAUCGGCAGCUGUUCGACCAGCUGACCGAACUCCCACCUUCGAUCGACUCCGCGCUCGCUGACGGGGCUGAAUUCUGCACAUGUGCGAAGCGGACGCUUUGGCGCCCGGAGACAACAAAAUACAUAUAUCGAUCUACAAAGGAAAUAAUUAAGAGAAUGUUGAGGAAAACUAUUGAAGUUCGCUACGUAUAUUUUUUUUAUCUACAAAAUACGGACUAUACGCGAAAUUCUAAACGCUCUCCUGAUAAAUUUUCGCAUUUUUUUUAAUAGAGAGAUAAAAUCAAACCGGUAUUGAAUAAUUUAUUUCGAAACUAGUCAUCUUGUGUUACUCAAGACUCUCUCUCUCUCUCUCUUUCUCUCCGCGACUCUUUGCUGACGAGAUAAAAGAUUACGCGUGACUUGUAAAUUGAAGACUUAAGUCUCAGAAUAUAAUAAAAACAUGUAUCGCAAGUUACCAAGUUGGGAAAUCUAAAAGCGGAAAUAAUCGCGAAUGUCGAUAAGUCGCUUUUGGAGACGGGCACGUCUCGGCGCAACGUAAUCUAAGAAUAAUUAAAAUUGUCAUAUUAGAGAGAGAGAGAGAGAGAGAGAGAAGAGAGAGAAAAGAAAAAUCAUUAUUCUAGACGUAAAACACAACAUAUCGUGGUCUCGCAUCACCACCCUCGUUAGAAUACACUCCUGGCAUCGCUUCUACGGGCACCCUACCGCGUCGACAUUAUCCUUCCCCUCUACGCUCUCCCUGUUCGCUCUCGCCCCUCUGCAUCAAGAGGAUACCCCUUCCAUUCCAC